GAAACUUUUGUCUAAUUUGAACUGGGCCACAUCGUUGAGAUAGUAUUUUGCAACUAGGCUCCAUUUGGACAAGGUUUUAAAAGUGUUUUUAGCUUAAAAAAAAAAAAAAGAAGUAAGAAAUGCGUUUAGGCAAAGUUCUUGUUUCAUAAGCAAAUUAAGUCUUUUUGAAAAAUCGGCAAGUAGUAUCUGAUUCGGGCAUGGUUCUCUCGCUCUUCGAGCUCUAAUUCCGGCGACUCUGUUGGCUUGCUGCACUGAAAGCUUUUCGUAAUCAUCGGUCCAGAAGCAACACCCUUAUGACUGCAUCAAACUCUUAACUGGACCGUUAAAACGGUGACAAUUUUAUCAAUGGCUAGUUGACAUGUACUUGAUUACUUAUGAGGUUGUUUCAAGCAUUAUUAGAGCAGAGCAGUGAACUGAGAGAGGAUUCGGAAAUGUCCCUGUUUUAGCCAUAUGCUUUGCCUUCAUAUGAUUUUCUACAGAAAUGCAUCUCAUUCCUCGUUACCCUGGCCACAAAACUCUCAUUUUAAACUUUCGAAAUUCUUUGCCUUAUCUUCCACUUUUCUCCUAUUACUGUACGGAGAGCUUUGAUAAACAGGGUGAAAAACAAAGCCAGAAUGAGCAACAGUUAAUACAAAAGAAAGAAACUUCACUGGGCUCCCCAGGUAGAUUUCAGAAGCUGAUAUCCUCCCAAUCUGACCCGCUCCUUGCUCAAGAAAUCUUUGAGUUGGCUACGAGACAACCAAAUUUUCGCCACUCUUAUGCGUCUUGGCAUAUUCUCAUCCUCAAACUUGGCCGCUCUGGUCACUAUUCUCGUAUGGAGUCCCUUCUGUCAUCCCUCAAAUCUCAAAAUUAUUCUGUUUCCACUAGCCUCUUCUCCCAAAUUAUCAAAAUUUAUGGUGAUGCUGGACUCCCUGAUGAAGCCCGGAAAACCUUUUACACAAUGCUCAAAUUCAAGAUGAAACCUCUUUCCAAACACCUGAAUCGCAUUCUUGAAAUUCUUGUUGCUGACCGUAACUUCCGUCGCCCUGCUUUGGACCUCCUGAAAACUUCUCAUUUGUACGGGGUUCAUGCCAACACCAGAUCGUACAACAUUUUGAUGCACGCAUUCUGCUUGAAUGACGAUUUAAGUGUCGCAUACUAUCUGUUCAGUCAGAUGUUCAAGAGAGAUGUUGUGCCAGAUAUAGAGUCAUACAGGACUCUGAUACAGGGAUUUUGUCGGAAGAGUCAGGUCAAUAAGGCUGUUGAUCUGUUGGAGGAUAUGCUGAAUAAAGGAUUUGUUCCUGACACUUUAAUCUAUUCUACUCUUUUAAAUAGUUUGUGUAGGAAAAAGAAGCUUAGGGAGGCCUACAAACUACUAUGCAAAAUGAAAAUUAAGGGAUGCAAUGCUGAUAUAGUUCAUUACAAUACUGUUAUAUUGGGCUUUUGUCGGGAGGGCCGUGCUUUUGAUGCAUGUAAGGUUCUUCUUGACAUGCGCAACAAUGGGUGCUUUCCUAAUUUGGUGUCUUACCGUACACUUGUUGGAGGAUUGUGCAGUCAGGGCUUGUACGAUGAGGCAAAAAUGUAUGUCGAGGAAAUGCUUUCGAGUGGGUUUUCUCCGCAUUUCUCAUUAGUGCAUCUAAUAGUUAAGGGCUUUUGUAAUGUUGGAAAGCAUGAAGAAGCUUGUGGAGUGUUGGAGGCAAUAUUGAAACAUGGAGAAGUUCCACACAUCUAUACAUGGAUGGAAAUUUUGCCUAGAAUUUCUGAGGUGGAUGACCAAGAUAACAUGAGCCGAAUGUUGAACGAUAUUCUGAAGUUGGAGAUAAAGCCUCACACGAAACUAGUUGAUGCUGGUGCCAGUCUUGGGGCCUACCUUCUUAAAAGAAUAGCAACAAAUUGAACAAAGUGUUAGUAACUGUUGAAAAUCCUAUAUUGUGGCUGGAUCGGAUUCGACGUGAAGCUGUUUUCAGGUCAUUAAUCCCUCACAGCUACUUGCAGGCCAGAUUUUCUGUAAUUGUGACCGUGUUAAAAUUGCAAAAUCAACUGAGGUACGAUGUUCAUGGGGUGAGAUUCUGGAUGAACUGUUUAUUGUAUUUUACCUUUCAGAUUAUAUUUUACAAUCUUUUUCCAGAUGUCUUGCUAGCUUAACCCAGUACUCUUGUCGCAGAAGAGUUUGAGAGUGCGCAUUUUAGUUGCUUUCAAGAACGGAGGAAGAUUAGGGUCCAUCCCCUGAAGGGUAUGUUUUCCGUUGCUUUUACUUUUUAUUCUUUGUUGAGGUUUCAAUAGUUUGUGAGGCUGCUGCACAUUUUUAAACUAGAUGGGAUUUUCAACUACCCUGUUGGUUAUGUUACAUUAGAUAAGGAGGAGUUAUUGCUUUACCAUCUUUCAGAAUUAUUUCCUCUCAAUGGGGCUUCGAAAGGCUGGUUUGUUCAUGUUACACACUGAAACAGAUGGUUUGCUGAAUGUGUUGCAAUUAGAUCAGUGAUAUUGGAGAUAGAUGUGCUUCUUCAGAGAAAUCAAGUAUAGUCAUUUCUUCUCCAAAGAAUGGCGAAGGGUGAAAAGAAUGAAAUGUAAGAAGGUAAGAUAGUUUCUUCGCUUCAAGACCGCAUUUUGGAGGGUUCCAAGAGCUGUUUACUGUUUGAAGAGGAGGAAACUGACCCCCCAAGUACAAGGAAAACAUUUGAGUCUGGGUGCAAUUUAUUACCUUCUGAAGCUCAAGUUACUGAGAAUUUUGCAGACUGCUCUGGAUAAGGCACAUUCCGAUUGUCAUAGCAAUUUUUUCCCGCAAAUUGAAGCUCAAGGGAGGAAAAAUUUGCUUUAUAUUGCUAAAUUUCAAACUGCACCAUGCAUCUCCCUUUGGCCAAGAUCAAGGAGAAAGAGGGUAAAGAAUCCACUUUUUGUACAACAUUGAUCACCAUUGGUGGGAUUCCCUGUAAAACAAGAAUUUAUGAAGUAAUACUACUGUGAAUACAGUCCAAAAGAUCUCUCUUUUUGUUGUGAGAAGAUUCCCAUGGCACUGAACUAUAUUAUACUACUACUUCAGUAGUAAGAAAUCUGCCCUUUUUUUCCUUCAACAAAAGUGGUUGAUGGAAAGUUGGCAGCUAAAGGCAAGUAACAACCUCAAAAAAAUUUACACCAAGGGGGAGGGAGCUGAAAAGGCACAUUGGUAAAGUCAGAGAUUUACAAAAGUAGGAGCGAAAAUGGGUAAAAUAUAUUUUUCCCACAAAUUCAAAUCCAUUCUCUGGUUUUUAGCUUUUCAAGUUUCUCUCGAUAUUUUGUUUUUGGAAAUAAGGUUUUAGUACAAGAAAAAUUGUGUAUUGUGAUUUGAUAAUUUAACAUUCGAUUUAUC